GCAGUAUGGCAGUAUUUUGGCUACCCGGUUGAAACUAAGGAUGGAAAUCGUGUUGUUGACAAGAAGCACACCAUUUGCCAUAAGUGUUUUAGAAAGAUACCUCAAGUGACGGGCAACACAACAAAUAUGCAAACGCACAUCAGACGGAACCAUCCUGAAAUUAACUUAAGUGGAGCCAAGAAACCCCAACAACAGCAGACUACUCUGACAAAUUUGUUUCAAACAAAGUUUCCACCAAAUUCGGACCGUGCACAGAAGAUAACCAGGGCAAUUUGAACGUUUAUAGCUCUGGAUAUGCGGCCCUUUUCGGUGGCCGAGAAUGAGGGAUUCAUAAAUUUACUUCAUGUGCUCGAGCCUCAUUAUGAAGCGCCUAGUCGGGCACAUUUCUCUCAAAAUGUGCUUCAAAAACAAACAACGUUUGACAGCCAUACAAGUGACAAUUUAUCUGAAAUCCUGAAAGGCGCUGUGGCAGAAUGGAGAAUCAGCAGACCAUACGCCCCCGUUCCCGUAACAACUGAAAAUGCAAGAAACAUCGCAAAUGCGGUCAUAGCAGCCGGACUCUCCCCGCAUAUUCGAUGCUGCGCCCGCACCAUAAAUCUGGCAGCGCAGAAAGGAAUGGGAGUUAACCAGAUGUCACGACUCCUUGAUAGAGUCAGGAAAAUAGUAACUUUUUUCCACCGGAGCGCAGCAGCUGCAGCUCUAUUGAAGGAUAAGCAGAAAAUGCUGCAGCUGCCCUCACACAAGCUUGUCCAGGAUGUGGCUACAAGAUGGAACCCGAGCCAUGAUAUGCUUGAGCGCUACCUAGAGCAGCAGGCUGUUUUCUCAGCACUCACAGACAAGAGUGUGAAGAAAAACAUAAAAGACAUUGUCACUUUGUCUGAUAUUGAUGUUAAACUUGGCGGGGAUGUGGUCCAGCUGCUGAAACCCCUCAAAACAGUCACUCUCCUCAUGAGCACUGAUCAGAUGCCAACAAUUUCAAUGGUCAUGCCAUUGAAACACAGAAUCCUGGCCUCCAUGAAGCACAGCAGCUCUGAGUCAGAAACAGUUAAAGAAACUAAAUCUGCCAUUGCCACUGAUUUUGAAGAUCCCUACUCUGAUGCUGAUCGGGCUCUGAUCGAGUUUCUCCAUGUAAGCACUGCACUUGACCCCCGGUUCAAAUCCCUACCGUUUCUGGAGGAGGCCACCAAUGCCGCAGUUUUCAGGAGUCUGACUGAGAGGAUUCUGGAUAACUGUUCACAUCCUGUUCAGGCCCAGACUUCCAGGGAGGAGACAGAUAAGGAGAUUGCCUCCAGCAGCAGUGCCAGUGAUGGUCCUCCUCGAGCCAAAAAAGCACCGAUCGCGGAACUGUUAGAGACCUAUUUCCAACAACAUCAUCAUCCAAGCCUUUUCCUCAGGUGGUGGAAGAAGAGGUACAACACUACAAAUCUGUGCAGAGCCUCCCAGUGGAGUCUAAUCCACUUGUGUGAUGGAAGGAGAAUGAACAACAGUUUCCCCACUUAGCCAAGUUGGCCGAACGUUUUCUGGGGAUCCCAGCCACACCUGUUCCCAGUAAGAUGGUGUUUUCCUCUGUAGGGGACUUUGUAACAGCACAGAGUGAAAGACACCAAAGUGGACAUUAUGCUGUUGUUCCUAAAAAAAAAUAAUAUUUAUAUAGUUUUAAAUAAACCAAACAGGUUUGAUAAAGC